CAAGUAAAUAAGUGGUAAUCCAACUAUGGCUAAUGAUGAAUUGAAUGUUUUUUGUUUGGAAUCUGAUUAUGCAACAACCAAAAUGUGGAACGAUAUUCCAAAGACAAAUUUUGAUGGAUAUCCAACCACUAUACCAGUGAAACGAAAGAUUCCAGAGAUAGCUCAAAUCCAAGAUUCAAAAAAGCUUGAUAAAAAUGACACCCAAGAUAAUUAUAGGAAUUUUCAAAUAUCACAAUAUGCUAAUGCUUUUAUUGAAAAUGUUGGACUGCAAGGAUUGCGCUAUGUUUUCAUGAGAAAUACUACAUGGACAAGAAGACUAAUAUGGCUCUGUCUUCUGCUAGCUGGGUCAGCAUAUUGUGUAUAUGUGACAAUCAGUAAUGUUAACAACUUCUAUGACUAUCCAACAAUAACAACAACAACAACUCAUUAUGUGACCCAAUUGGAUUUCCCAGCAGUGACAAUUUGUGAUUACAAUAUUUUCCAAAGAAGCAGAAUAACACAAGAAGAAUAUGACAUGCUAUUGGACAUGUAUAUGCCAUAUGAAUUUAUGUAUAAUGAAACUGGAAAGGACCCAGAAAGAUACAAUCACGUGGACAUGGCAGAACUGAUGAUAAAUGCUUCAUUUUCUUAUGAUUUAGACUUCUGUUUCUACCACUCCCUAAGCUGUAAUAAAUCACACACAUACCAGCAAUUGAGAGAUGUUGGAAACUGCAUAACCUUUGACCCUAGUCAACAUGGCUUUUAUAGUUACCAACAUUUAGCAGGACGCGAAGGCGGACUAAAUAUGGGAUUGGCAAAAUACGGUCAACAGUGGACUCCGGGUCCUUUCAUGAAUUCGCAAGGUUUCAUCGCAAUGGUACAUGAACCUGGCGAAGAUGUUGUAAUGGUGGAAAAUUUUGGAAUUAAUGUUCCAAUGGGAUAUAUUGUGAACUUAGUAGUUUCAAGGACAGACGUUACACUUUUGCCUCCACCACACGGACAAUGUGGCACAAGAUCUUUGCAAUAUUUUGACAAAUACACUCAAGUAGCUUGUCAACAAGAAUGUGGAUUACAGCAAUACAUCAGUUACUGUGGAUGCAAAUUAGCUUACAUGAGAGGAGAAAACACGACAAAAACAUGUAAUAAUAUACAACUGAGGGCGUGUAGCGCAAAUUUCUUUGCCAAUUUAUCCAGUAAGUGUUGAUUGAACACUAGAGAUGUAACGAUGUUUUGUAGUGUGAUUAUUAUACAGAUAAUAGCGACUGGGUCAUUUAAUCAAGUACCGCGAUUCCUAGUGCUUGUGCGCAAUGAAACGUCUGUGAUGCUUUGAUUAUUGUUGAUUAGUGUUGAGGCUGUUUUUGCAUUUGAAAUUGACAAUUUGAAAUAUCGGAGUAUCAACAUCAGCGCAUCUGUAUUAAACACCAUUGACUCCAGAUGAAUGUAAUAGCCUUAUGAUCAAUUAGAUCUUGAAAUAUUGGCAUUGGAGGUCAAAACCCACAUCAACCACCUUACCUAGGAUGUAAGGUGAUUGGUAGAAUAUGCAGAAUUGAAAAGAUGGGAAACUAAUUUACACAUAAAAAUGAGGCAACACAAAAAACUGUUUCCAUCAUUUACCAAUUCAGCGCAUGUUUUGGCAGGUGUGGGGUUGGAUUUGUGUGAUUGUCCACCAGAAUGCCAGAAAACAAAGUACGAAGUAAAAGCGACACAUGCCAAGUAUACCAACGGUACACGAGAUUUGGUGUUAGGCGCAU